AUGGUUGGGAAAAGAUGCAAUCCUCUCACUCGUCAAUAUAUCGAGCUCUGCUGCCCUGAUGAAUACAUCUCAGAUGAUUUUAUGUUGAGUUUGGGAUUUGGUGUGAGCGAAAUAAGUGGGCAAUAUAAGGUAAUUUGUAUCAAUGCGGGCGCUGGCUCCGACUCUCAUUUUGUAUACACCCUCGGAACAGGAACAUGGAGGCGCGUUGAAGCCGGUGCUGCUUCUGGCUUCAGAUUCUAUUUAGAUGGACACGUUGUGUGUAACGGCAAUCUCCAUGAUUUGGUUCGACCGUCUUUGCGGAUUUGUGGUUUUGAUGUUGAAACAGAAUGUUUUAGCAUCUUCUCUGCUCCUACUAUUGGUGACGAUGGACCUUUUCUAACUGUGGAUGAUGUGUGUGAUGUGGAGUUGAGUGUUUUGAGGGACUGCCUGUGUUUUUCUUACACGUGGGAAGAUGAAAUUGUUGUAUGGUUGAUGAAGGAAUAUAGAGUCAAUGAAUCUUGGACCAUCGAAUACAAGUUGGGUACUUUGGAGGAAAAGGCGGUUUAUCCUAUCAAACUUUUCAAAGAUGGUGACUUUUUGAUGUUGUUAAACAUGCAACUCAUCUACCACUCCAACAAGACAAAAUCUACUCAAGAAGUCGGGAUAUUUAAGGGUCUUGCUUCGACGGAUUACUAUACCUGUGUCAAGAUUUUCACUCCUAGCCUUUUCUCACUCAAGAGUUUUGGAAUUGAAAAUGUGAUCUCGUAUUAG